CCCACGGCGACAGACUGACAAAAGUGAGCCAACACAAUGGGUAAGAUCAUUUUCUACGAGGACAGAAGCUUCCAGGGCCGCUCCUAUGAGUGCACCAGCGAAUGCGCUGACCUGCACUCCCACUUCAACCGCUGCAACUCCAUCCGGGUGGACAGCGGACAUUGGAUGGUCUACGAGAGACCCAACUACAUGGGCUACCAGUACUUCCUGAAGAAGGGGGAGUACUCGGACUACCAGCGCUGGAUGGGGUUCAAUGACUGCGUGCGGUCCUGCAGAAUGAUCCCCGGGCACCAAGGCUCGCAUAAAAUGAUGAUCUACGAGCGUCCAGAGUUCGGAGGCCAGAAGAUGGAGCUGACCGAUGACUGCCCCUCCCUGUACGAACGCUUCCACUUCAAUGACAUCAACUCCUGCAAUGUGAUGGACGGCAACUGGAUCUUCUAUGAGCACCCCCACUACAGGGGGCGGCAGUACCUGAUGCGGCCUGGAGAGUACAGGAGGUUCAAUGAGUGGGGGAGCAUGAGUCCCAGACUGGGAUCCAUCAGACGGAUUUCCAUGUAAGAAACUUCACCAAACAGGAAGUCAAUAAAUCCUUUCAAUAAAUCCUUU